GGUUUCCGGAAGGGGGUGGUGGGAGGAGAAGCAAUAUGGCGGCGGAGAGCGGAGAGGGACCGCAGGAGAUGAUGGAGGUCUUCUUCCCAGAUUGUUGGUUUUAGGAAGAUGUGAUGGGAGGAAAAAGUGCAUCCAAAAUCAAAGUAGAAACAAGGGUUGAUAAGCGGAUUGAAUCGGAGGAGUCGGGAGACGAAGAAGGGAAGAAGCAAGCAGUUCGCUUAGUAACAGACCUCAGUCAGCAGAGCCUGAGAGAUGAGCAGAAUGGCGAGAACUCCGCAGGAGAAGCAGAGACACCAGUGGACAUGGAAACAAUUAGCCUGGACCCAGAAGCUGAGGAUGUUGACUUGAAUCAUUUUCGAAUUGGGAAGAUUGAAGGAUUUGAGGUGCUCAAGAAGGUGAAGACUCUGUGUCUCCGUCAGAAUUUGAUUAAGCGCAUUGAGAACCUGGAGCAAUUGCAGACCUUGCGGGAACUGGAUCUCUAUGACAAUCAAAUUCGGAAGAUUGAGAACUUGGAGUCUCUGGUGGAACUUGAGAUCCUGGACAUCUCCUUUAAUGUUCUGCGACACAUUGAAGGACUAGAUCGUCUUGCCCAACUGAAAAAACUCUUCCUUGUCAACAACAAAAUCAGCAAAAUUGAGAAUUUGAGCAACUUGCAGAUGCUACAGAUGUUAGAGUUGGGAUCCAAUCGAAUUCGGGCAAUUGAAAACAUCGAUACUUUGGCUAAUCUUGAUAGUCUGUUCCUUGGAAAGAAUAAAAUCACCAAGCUCCAGAACUUGGAUGCGCUGACAAACUUGACUGUGCUCAGUAUACAGAAUAACCGUCUGACCAAGAUUGAGGGGCUGCAGAGCUUGGUGAAUUUGCGCGAGUUGUACCUCAGCCACAAUGGCAUCGAAGUCAUCGAGGGACUGGAGAACAAUAACAAACUCACAAUGCUGGACAUUGCAUCCAACAGAAUCAAGAAGAUUGAAAAUAUCAGUCACCUAACAGAGCUGCAGGAGUUCUGGAUCUCAUCUUUCUUUUAAGUGAGCAUGACAGUGUAUGGGGGAAGCUGAUACUGUCUCACCACUGCACUGGAGCACAGUACCUGUUUAGACCAGAGUCGAUACGUUCAUGUCGUUAUAAAUACAAAGAAAAUGAAACCAUCUUCCGGUUUACUUCCAUUCCUAUGAGGUAGAUAACUGCUUAGGGUUGCUUCUAUUUCUUACUGGCACCCUAAAUAGCUAAGCCCUUUGUCAUUGAUAAGUCUGGGGAGGAAAUAUGCAGAGACACCCCCCUCCUGAAGCAUCUGUACCCUGCCAUAUCUGGGAGCGGUGCACAAAUCUGCUAAAGUUUGGGGGGGAAAAAGCAGCAGAUGUCCAUGAGUUGGCUCAUGCUUUAGCUCUUGUAGAGUUUCUGCAUGUCAAGGCUGAGAAUAAGAGUUGUGCUGCUUAAUGUGUGUCAUUUGGAGAUCAGUUAUUUCAGUUCUUGGGCAGAGGCUGAGAUAAAAGGAGUAGAAGGCAGCUGCAAAUGAAACCAAGCUAGAGCCUGCAGUCCAGGCUACCUGGAUCAUUUUCCUCAUCUUGCAGUGUGGCUUAGCAGAUGGCCAGUGGUGUUAUCUGGCUGUGCCUAUUCCAUAAGGAACUCUUUAAAUCAGGAGCUGAGAAGCCCGUUUAACAUGACAUCUUUUGGGUGGUAAAAAUGAGACAGUGCAGUGUGGCUGGUGCAGGACCUGUUGUGAUCCUUUGCAAUUUCCUCCAGUCUUCCUCUUUGCUGUUGCUCUGCUUAUAGAAGAAGGCGUUGCACAGCUGUUUCCAUUUGUGUUACAGAAAGUAAAGGGAAGAUCCUAACCUCAUUGGACUUCCUUUGCAAGAAUACGAGUGCCUUUGUCAAAGCAGAGCAUUGGCCAAGAUCUGUUAGCUGAAUCCAGAAAAUGCCCUUCUGUCUUUUUUCCACUUUAACACUGCUUUUAAAAAAAAGGUUAUGUGCUUUUUGGUAAAGAGCAGGGCAGGAUUUCCUUUGAUGUGAACAAGUGUUGCAUCUACUAAUUUAUAUUUUGUCACUGACUGUGGAGUUGAAGCCACAUAACAAAGUCCUUUAACACCUUAAGGAAGCAGAACUUCACAUCCUAGAUACAGCGGGAAUCUUUUAACAGUGUCCUAGUACCACCUCCUCAGCAGAGGGACUGAGACAUCUGAAGGUCACGUGGCAUGGCCGAAGUAAUGUUGUGAUGAGCUGUAGCAGAAUGAAAGAGCUAGCAGGUUUUCUUCAGCAUCUUAGUCCAGGGUCUUAACUACAAAGUCAUCUCCAGCUGGAACACUGACAGUCCCAAUGGUGAAGCAGUUUUCUUUCACUGAACUAGCUGGAGGGAGGCAGCUGGAGAAAAUAGAGGUGCUUAUCUGCCACCCAGCAAACAGGGUGCACAAAGUUUCCAGUUUACUGUUGGGUGCCUGAUGUGAGGAAAAACAGUUGUUGAGGGGGGCCAGAGCCAAUCUCUUGAUUUUUUUUUUUUUUAAUUAUUUUUUAUUUAAAGGUGGUAUUGCUGUAGUGACUGCCUCUGUAUCGAAAAGCAAAGGGUGGCUGAAGUCUCUGGGUUAGAGAGCACAUGGCCACCUUGCACUUUGCUUCCUUGCCAGGCAGCUGAAGCGUUCAUCCCCUUUCAUGGGAAUUCCUUUGCAGUGCCAGCAGUGGGGCAGCUCCAGGGCUGACAGAAGGAGAACUGGAAUCAGAGAGCUUGGUGCUUUCUGCAGAGUACAGAAACAGUUUUUGUGGGGAAGUGAUGUGAAGGGGAGAGGAAAAUGCCACUUUUCACAUCAGUUUGGGACCUUUUUUAAUGUUUCCUGGGAAGCCAUGAAAGUAAAGAUAGAUGUCACAGUGGAAGAAAAUCUUCACAUAAUGAUUUCCAACCCUUAAAUGGACAGCGUAUGGUCUGGGACACUGUAUAAAGAGACUGUCUCAGUGUCUUGCUUGGUAUUUCCCAGCAUACUAGUUGGACUGGAUACACUGUCUGAGGGGUGGAACGUUUGACUGGCAGCCCUGGACAGCAUGGGGAGGUUGGAGAUGGUUAGCGAGGCCUGGAUUGUGCGACUGGAGAGCACAUGUCAGAGGUUCCGGGGGAGAAGGAUCAUGUAGACAGGGUCGUCUUAUAUGUGUGUGAAGACUGUACAGCGUUACUACUCCUGGGUAGUAGUAAUCCUCCUGCGCAGCGUCAGUGGGGCUAGGCUCCUGCUAACCAGGUUUAGCUUGGAAGUAUCUG